AGUAAGUACACGAAGCAACCAAGAAUGUUGCAUAUUUACAAAAAACCAUAUUUUGUCUCUGCAUUCUAAUUCUAACGUUGCAAAUUUGCAACUGGACUUCAAUCUAGCCCUGUUCUUGGUUACGACUCUGCACAACACAACUCCGGUUUCAGUGAUGGGUAGAAGGAAGCAAAGACAUCCCCAUCAUUCGGGUAGGGUAAUAGUAGAAAUCCAUGAUACCCGUGAAGCAGGGCUGCAGAAUCAGCAAGCUAUCAAUACCGAGCAAGUGCAAAAUAAUGAAUUUGAUAUAGUUGAUGAGGAGCCGUAUUUCGUGGAAGUUGAUCGAGCUUCUUGGGUUUCAGAUGAGCACCUUGAUGUUUCGGAAAUUGUUCUAACUGAUUUGACUUUGCGGGAAGGGUUUUCUGGGUGUGAAGUGAGUGAGGAUUUUUUCCAGGAUUCGAAGUAUACCUUAAGGUUUAAGGUGUGCAAUGUAAAUGAGUUUCUUGGUCGUAUUAAACUAGGUCAUUGGCCUGUGUUAUCCUCUAGUGAUGUAUCUUUAGAACUCAUAAAAAUAUGCACAAGAGAUGAUACAGAGACACACUCGGUGAUUUUAUCAGGGAGUUUUGAUGGACCGGAUGAGGGUAUUUCUGGUCUUCUUCACUUGGGAAGUUUGAAGUUUAUGACGCUUAGGCCAGUUAUGGGAAUUACAUCAUUAGAGAACGUUUCAUCUCUCAGAGUGAGGGUGGAGAUUCUUAGAAGUGUCUUUGAAGCUUGUGAGUCACUUUUGGAGAAUAAGAGGCAACAAUGGAAAAGGAGUAUGAUGAAUGUCAUGGCUUGGCUGCGACCAGAAGUAAUGACUUCAGAGGCUAGGUAUGGCGUUAGUAUAUCAACAGAAAUGGAAAAUGAUCUCCUUACGGAGAUGGGAGAUGGUAAUCUCAACACAAAAAAGCGUGCAAGGCUUGAUGCUGCUGGGUUUUAUGAAGCCAUUAAGCCAUCCAAAGUGGAUCCAAUGCUUGCAGAUGACAUACCUGACUUGCUUACUGAGCUGAGACCAUAUCAGCGUCGUGCAGCCUACUGGAUGGUACAACGAGAGAAUGGAGAUUCAAGAAGCUUGGUAGGAAGUGGGAAAAGUUUGUUUUUGUCUCCUUUAUGUUUGCCUGUGGAUUUUCUCGACACAUGUACAAAAAUGUUCUAUAAUCCAUUCAGUGGAAAUGUUUCUUUGCAGCCGGAGCAAUCUUCGCCAUAUGUCUUUGGUGGAAUUCUUGCUGAUGAGAUGGGUUUGGGGAAAACAGUUGAACUGCUUGCUUGCAUCUUUGCUCAUCGGAAGUCAGCAUCUGAAGAUGGCAUAUUUAUUAAUACUGAAUCUGAGGUUCCUUGUCACCAGAAAUCUGAUCUUAAGAGAUUGAAAAGGGAGCGUGUUGAGUGUAUCUGUGGAGCUGUCAAUGAAAGUCGAAAGUAUAAAGGAUUAUGGGUACAGUGUGACAUGUGUGAUGCUUGGCAACAUGCAGAUUGUGUUGGGUAUUCACCUAAAGGAAAACAUCUAAAAUCGAGUGAAGUUUCUGGCGGACAAGGAUGUGAAAAGAGGUCAAUGGCUGAUACAAAAAAGCACACAAGAAAGAAAAAUACGGCCAACAUAGUUGUGAGAGAAGGGGAACACAUUUGCCCACUAUGCUCAGAACUGAUGCAAGCAACUAACUCUCCUGUUGCUACUGGUGCCACUCUUAUAGUCUGCCCGGCUCCCAUAUUGUCUCAAUGGCAUGCUGAAAUUAUACGUCAUACACGUCCAGGUUCUUUAAAAACUUGUAUCUACGAGGGCGCGAAAAUCACUUCUCUUUCAGAUGCAUCUAUAGUGGAUAUCAGCGAGCUUGUUAGUGCUGACAUCGUAUUGACCACAUAUGAUAUACUUAAAGAAGAUCUGUCACAUGACUCUGAUAGGCAUGAAGGUGAUCGACGCUUCAUGAGAUUCCAGAAGAGGUUUCCAGUUAUUCCAACUCUUCUUACCAGAAUAUUUUGGUGGAGGAUUUGUUUGGAUGAGGGUCAAAUGGUGGAGAGUAAUGCUGCUGCUGCCACUGAAAUGGCUCUUCGGUUAUAUGCUAAGCAUCGUUGGUGCAUAACAGGGACUCCUAUACAACGCAAACUGGACGACUUAUAUGGACUUCUACGAUUUCUUAAAGCAAGUCCUUUUGAUGUUUCUAGGUGGUGGAUUGAGGUUAUACGAGAUCCAUAUGAGAGGAGAGAUGCAGGAGCUAUGGAAUUUACACAUAAGUUCUUUAAACAAAUCAUGUGGCGUUCAUCAAAAAGAUAUUUAGCAGAUGAGUUGCAGCUUCCCCCUCAGGAUGAGUGUGUCUCUUGGCUCACUUUCUCACCAAUUGAAGAGCACUUUUACCAAAGGCAACAUGAAACUUGUGUGAGUUAUGCCCGUGAAGUUAUUGAAACUUUGAAAGAUGAUUUUCUAAAGAGGAAAGUCAAAGGUUGUGUAUCUUCUGAUGCUUCUUUUGAUCCUUUCAUAACUCACGCGGAGGCUGGAAAACUGCUGAACACACUCUUGAAGCUUCGCCAGGCCUGCUGCCAUCCUCAAGUGGGAAGCUCAGGGCUGCGUUCUUUGCAACAAUCCCCCAUGACUAUGGAGGAAAUAUUGAUGGUUCUCAUUGGUAAGACGAAGAUAGAAGGGGAGGAAGCUCUCAGGAGAAUGGUUGUUGCUUUAAACGGGCUUGCUGGGAUAGCUAUAAUAGAGAAUAAUUUUCGUCAAGCAGUAUCAUUGUACAAGGAAGCACUGACUUUAGCUGAAGAGCACUCCGAAGAUUUCCAUCUGGACCCUCUAUUGAAUAUUCACAUUCAUCAUAAUCUUGCUGAGAUACUCCCAUUGGCUUCAAACUACUCAGAACAACUCUACUCAGAGGGACAACAUUUCCCUGAAAGCUUUGAAAAGAAGGCCUCCAAAUUACAUGGCAUUGAAGAGUGUGAUCAACAUGUUGUGAAGAGGCGAAAAGUGAGUGGGGAAGACUCUAUGGAUUUCACCAUUGAUGCUGGGAAUGCAACAGGUUGUACAACUGUCAUAUCAGAAAAUGGCUUAAAUGGUGACCAAGAACGUGAUAUUGAGCCCCAUGAAUCAUCCAGUUACAUCAGUGAAAAAUAUUUAAGAUCAGUGUGUGAGAAUAUAAAGCAGAAGUACUUAUCUGUGUUCAGUUCAAAGCUAUCCAUAGCUCAACAAGAGUUCAGAAAAUCUAACAUUCUGGUUUGUCAUGCGCUUAGAGACAGAACAAAUCAACAUACAGUUUGGUGGUUGGAAGCCCUGCAUCAUACUGAGCAGAACAAGAACUUCUCAAGUGAGUUUAUCAAAAAGAUUGAAGAAGCCAUCUCAGGAACUCCAAACAAUUCAAGGUCAUCAAGAAUUUCAUCCCGAUUUCGGAGCAUAAGUUCUCUAAAGUAUCAUAUCCAGACUGGUUUGGAUCUAUUGGAAGCCUCUAGGAUAGUGUUACUUGAUCGACUCCUGGAAAUUGAUCAAACAAUGGAGAAACCAAAAGAGGAGGAUAUUGAACGGGUGAGAUACUGUCAAAAUUGCAAUGUUAAUGGGGAUGGCCCUGCAUGUGUUGCAUGUGAAUUGGACGGAUUAUUUCAGGAUUAUGAAGCCAGGCUCUUUCGCCUUAAUAAAGAACAUGGAGAGAUGAUUACAUCUGCUGAAGAGGCCUUACAUUUUCAGAAGAAAAAAUCUGCGCUCAAUCAUUAUGAUUGGAGCAAACCAAAGCUACUCAGCGAGAAGAGAGAUGCUGGGGAAAGAGUUGUGGUCUCAAGAUCUCCAUCUGAGUUGGAAAUUGUUCUUGGAGUUAUAAAGAGCUAUUGCAAGGCUCAGUUAGGGAGAGAGGGUAUGUUGGCAGCCAAGAAGCAGCUAUACAUUCUUGAGGGCAUGCGAAAGGAGUAUGGCCAUGCACGGUCCUUGGCAAUAGCUCAAGCUCAAGUUCUAUGUGCGCAUGAUGAAAUUAAAAUGGCAACAACACGAUUACACAUUAAAGAAAAUGAGAAUGAUAUAACUGUUGAUGCCUUAAGUCAAGAGGAAUUGCCUUCAGCUAGUGUACAAUACUCUGAUGACAAGUUCAUCUCUUUGGCGUUGGUGUCACGUAUAAAAGGGAAACUUCGUUAUUUGAAGGGUUUGGCACUGUCAAAACAAAGAUCACCACGGGAAAGCCCAAAUGAUUCCUCAUUAACUCAAGAGACAGGUAGCUUGUCAACUUCUUCGGAACUGAAAAGUGGAUGUGUACCUAAAGCUCAUGAGGAAACAUGCCCAGUUUGUCAAGAAAAGUUGAGCAAUCAAAAAAUGGUUUUUCAAUGUGGACACGUUACAUGCUGUAAAUGUUUAUUUUCAAUGACUGAGCAGAGGGUACAUGAUAAUAAGUUUCAAGCCAAAUGGGUAAUGUGCCCAACAUGUCGACAACAUACAGAUUUUGAAAAUAUUGCUUAUGCUGAUGAUGGACAAAACGAAACUUUUAGUUCGUCUGUGGGGCAUACAAAUCAAGGUUAUGCAAUGUCUGAAGCAUCUAUGUUUGUUCAGGGUUCAUAUGGAACAAAGAUUGAAGCAGUCACAAGAAGAAUCUUGUGGAUCAAGCAUACAGAUCCAAAAGCCAAACUUCUUGUUUUCUCAAGUUGGAAUGAUGUCCUUGAUGUAUUGGAACACGCCUUCACGACUAAUGACAUCACUUAUAUCCGAAUGAAAGGAGGCAGGAAAUCACAUGUUGCCAUAAGCAAAUUUAGAGGACACGAAAACGGUGCACAGGGAACUCGGAAAACACAUGCCCAGCAACCAGCAUCAAAUUUUGUCCAGGUGUUAUUGAUCCUAAUCCAACAUGGAGCCAAUGGCCUCAAUCUCUUAGAAGCAAAGCAUGUUGUUCUAGUGGAGCCGCUACUCAAUCCAGCAGCAGAAGCACAAGCUAUCAGCAGGGUACACCGAAUUGGGCAGGAAAAUAGGACACUCGUUCAUCGUUUUAUGGUUAAAGACACUGUUGAAGAGAGCCUAUACAAAUUGAAUAGAAGCAGGGAUACCAAUUCAUUCAUCAGUGGGAACACAAAAAAUCAAGAUCAGCCUGUUUUGACGCUUAAAGAUGUUGAAUCCCUAUUUGCAACAGUUGCGACAGCUGUACCAGAAAAUGAUGAAAAUUUAACUGAAAGUCUCAGACAUUUGCCUCCUUCGGUUGCUGCUGGUUUAGCAGCUGAGAGGAGACUCAAGGAGCAUGCGACAUGUUCUUCAUGAGCAUACGACAAGUUAUUUGAUAGAUGUGCGAUAAAGCAAUUUUCUGGGUCCAGCCAGAUGUUCUCAUCAUAAGCAUGGCAACCCCGUGUCCGUUAGGGCAAAGAUAUUGCAUCGUGUCACCCCAGGUUCUCUAAUUAAAAUUUUGUUUCUUGUAGCAAAUCAUUUUCCUUUUUGCAUAUAUUUAGAUGUUUCUUCCUUUUUUCCCUUGAUAAAGAAAAUUUGUUGAGAUCUCUGUGAUGACAAAUAGGGAGGGCCAGGCUAAUUUAAAAUAGGAAUUCAUUGUAAUAAACUGAUUCAUUAGUAAAUAAAUAAUGUAUUUCUAUGGAAAA